AAUACCUUGGCAAACUCUCACAUCACCUCGCCCGCCUUCGACGGUUACCUAUCGCCGAGUCGCCAGCCAAAGUUCACUGAAGAGUGGGAUGCCAGUGUGAGAGGAAGUUCCAUCAUCGACGGUCCCCUUCCAUCUCAUCAACCCACCAUGCAACGAUCCGCCUCCAUAUCCUCGCGCCCCGAGGUCCUGAGCACCGACGGCGACGGCACCGUAGCUGGCACUAUCUCCCUGUCCAGGGGCAACACCCUGAAGAAGAAGGGCUCCAUGCGCAGAAGCGGCAGCAGAAGCGGGAGCAUCAUGCGCAGCAGCAGUCGCCGCAGCAUGAAGGCUGGCAGCGUCAGGAGUCUGGCCUUGCAGAGCACACACGAUGCCGAUGAAACCCACAGCGCCUUCUACUGUCCCGUGCCAACCACCGGCAACCCUACGGAAGGCUUGUCCAACAGGUUCCAGUUGUGGCGCAAGAUUCUGAAGGACCUCAUCGCCUACUUCCGGGAGAUCCAGACAUUCUACGAGCACCGAUCCAAGUCCCUGCUCAAACUGGCCAAUGUCCUGAACAACACGCAGACCCCGCCUGGCUUCCUCCCCUCUGGCGGAUUGGACGAUGCUCUUCAGAUCCUGAGGAACUACCACAAGACGGCCAUUCUCGAGUCCAACAAGGCUCGCGAAAUCGAGGAAGAUGUCAUUCUUGCGCUCACUGGACUGAGAAGCGAUCUCGGCCAAAAGAUGAAGGAAAUCAAGAGUCUCUCGGGCGACUUCAAGAACUCGGUCGAGAAGGAGAUGGACAACACAAGGCGGGCGGUCGAUAGCCUGCAAAGCAUCUUGGGUAAGACCGACAUGGACUCUUCUUUGACUACCGGGAAGGAGGACCCCUAUCUGCUCAGGUUGGCCGUGGAUCGCCAAGUCGAGCGGCAGAUCGACGAGGAGAACUAUCUCCACCAAGCCUAUCUGAACCUCGAGGCCUCUGGUCGCGAGCUCGAAUCGAUCGUUGUCGGGGAGAUCCAGAAGUCUUACAAUGCAUACGCUGGAAUUUUGAAGAGGGAGUCGGAUGCCGCCUAUAAUGCCAUCGACGAGCUACGUGUCGGUCCGAUCGCCAUGCCCAAGGACCAUGAAUGGACCUCCUUCGUUCAGAAAGACUCGCAAUUCGUCGAUCCAGAUCUACCUGUUCGCUCAGCCGAGCACAUACAUUACCCUGGCCGCGAUCACUAUGCUUGCCAGGAGAUCCGGGCUGGCUUGCUUGAACGCAAGAGCAAGUAUCUGAAGAGCUACACAGCAGGAUGGUACGUCCUUUCGCCGACUCAUCUGCAUGAGUUCAAGAGCGCGGAUAAGAGCGGUCCGCCUGUCAUGUCGCUGUAUCUUCCGGAGCAGAAAGUUGGUUCGCAUUCGACUGAAGGUGGUUCUUCGAACAAAUUCGUCCUCAAGGGGCGCCAGACCGGGUCGAUGCACCGUGGCCAUACCUGGGUCUUCCGUGCCGAAAGCCACGAUACUAUGAUGGCUUGGUACGAAGACAUCAAGGCCUUGACAGAGAAAAGCCCCGAGGAACGUAGCCAGUUUGUCCGUGGGCACGUCCGAAGUCUUUCUCGUUCUUCGCAGCGGUCCAUCUCGAGCGAUGGUAUGGUGGAUGAUGUGGAUGAGGAGCCGUUUGUCUCCGAGGAGAACGCUGCUGCUGUCGUUGCUACACCCGGAUCCCGUCAGGACUCCUUCGGGCGCCCGGCACCUGGCGGAAGAUUUCCAUCCGACCUACAAGUGAAUGCUCAGCGAGGCAUGCAAGUGCCCCUUUCCCCAAGCAGCCAAAGUUCUGAGCGGUAUUUUGACAAUAGUGAGUAUGCCAUGAGAGGAGGUCUUGGACAGAAUGGUAACACAGCCAGCGACUACGAGACAGUAGCUGCUGCCGGAGCAUUGCCAGGUAGUGGCAUAGGGGAUGGCUAUCCCGGAAACAGAGCCUCUCAACUCAUGGUUGGUCAAAAUUACGGCAGUACAGCAAGCGUGAGAAACAUGGAUACCGCCCCUAGUCACGCCGCAAUUAUUCACGACCAGGCAAGACAGGACGGCAUCAACCCUUACAACGGAGAGCCA